AUGGCUCACCCCAACUUCAAAAAAACGCAUGACGUGCAAUCCUUUGCAAAGCUCUACCAAGAAAAGGAGCGUAAACAGAAGGAGCGCAGACGACAGAAAUGUCAACGCCAGCUCGAGGAGCCGCAAAAGCACCAGCAAACAUCAGCGAACUUGUCCACGGUGCUCGCAACACCACUCGAGCAAGAUGUCGGAGCUCUCAUUUUGACAGAGACUCAGGCUUCAGGCUACACAUCAGGUGGUCUUGCCAACUCUUUUUCUGGUAUUGACAACCUCGAAUUCAACUUUAUUGAGGUCUUCGACACAGCUGAGUUAUAUAACAGCGAUACUCUGGGUGACAUUGCACACACGACCGAGCCUUUUGCCCCGAUCUCCGACAUCGGUGGUGUCACAGCGGAAAUUACGAAACCCAUCUUGCCAGAUGAGAUCAAGUCUUCGGAAUCCUGGUCGACUUACACUCCUGUACUAGCCCAGCCUCCCACAGAACCGAGUUCGCAAGAAGUGGCAACUGCCUCUUCACGAAGCGAACACCCCCUGGCUCCUGACCUGGUCAGACGUUCAACUGAGCAACUUCACCUAACAAGUUGUCUUGGCGACAUGAACACAGAUAUUGCUGGAUCAAAAGAGAGGAGCGAGAGCAGCGACACUAGGGAAAGCUGUGGUAAUAACGGCUCAGCCAAAGAUGAUUACGGCAGCUCUUAUGAUAACGACACCAAGACAUACAUCCCGCCCGACCAGCACUCGGAUCGUCAGCACGCCAGCGACACCGACACGAUGAUCGCCCACAGCAGGACGCCAAGCACGAGCGCCGUCUACAGGCCGAUCAUCGUUAUCGCCCAGCUGCUGGCCAACUUCGCCGCGGCAAUCCCCAUCGAGAACCUCCUCGAGCUCAUCAAGCGCGCCCCCAGCCCGGGCGUCGUGAUACAAAAGUGCGCCAAGCCCCGCGUCUUCGCCGAUGCCCUCUACGGCUGCAUCUACAACCAGCGCGCCGGCGCCAAGAAGGCCUGCGACUCGGGCCACCAGAUCGCCUCGCACAACUGGACGCAACCACAGAACUUCGGCAGCAUUAGCUAG